AUGCCCACAACGACCUCACCUCCCAAACCUCCUACCCGUCAAACCGACGAAAACACGCUAGACAACAAUGAUACACCCAAAGAAUCCAAACCCUCAUUAACGGUCCUAGGUCACAAGCUGUCAGAGCAAAUAAGUGACCACAAUAAAGGGUUAACUACGUCCAUGCAGGGGAUUCUUGAAUCUCGGCAUGCUAUCUCGGAUAUCAUUAAAGAUGUUAGGUCUUUGGUGAAUACGCAACAUGAGAGUGGGAAACAGCUUUUGGAGGUUACGGAGAAGAUUCAGAAGGCUGUAACAACCAACACCGCCCAUUCAGAACUCAUCCUCACCGGUCUCGCAGAGCUCAAAGACUUACAUGCAGAUAUGGGCAUCAGGAACACAUUCUACCUUGCAAAAGCCAAUGCUUUGGUAAAGUUCAACGAAGAGCUUAUUCAAGAUCGGAGAGAUACGACAGAAAGUACUAUCGAGAUGAGCAAGAAACUAGAUCGAGUUCUUGAAGAGUUUGAAAAUAUGAAGACUACGAACAAAUAUUACAAGCCGGGAAGAUCUCGGAUGCUUAAGAAAAAGCUGAGAGUGACAGUACCAGAGCCGGAUGGAGGGGAGCAGUCCGUAGUUUCUACUACAGAAAUUACAAAUGAUACUGAUGAUACGGGGGAAUGUAGCCCUAAACCGGCAAAGAAGAAAGCUAGGAAGACCACCCAGAAGAAGAAAACCCAGAGAACAGGUCCGAGUCAGGCUACACGGUCCAGGAGUAGUACAAAGUCACUUCCUAGUACUCAACAAAAACCUACUACUAGACGUUCAAGACGACAGAGAAGUAUAAGUCUCGGUGCAACAAUCGAUUCUAAUCCUGGAGCCAAUACACCUAACAGACCAGCUUCUUUCGUCGUCGAAGAGACACCGGAGCAAAGUGAACCAGAUGCCUUUCAAGAACAGCAAUCAGAAAGGAUCCCCGAGACUAUUGCUAGUUCGAGCAAACCGGAACCGGAACCGGAACCGAAAACGCCGCCGCAGAAACCGAUGAGGAAACGAAUGCUAGCUGGCCCGGCGACCCAGGAAGCAUGGGAGAUGGAUAGUACUUCCACCUAA